AUUAAGGCUUUGGACGGUAGUUCGAUUUGUCCUUACUAAUCGACGGCCAUGAGAUUAGAUGAGUUCGAUCUCAAAACUUUGCUUGAAAAAGACGGUAUUUACUUGAACUGAGAUAAUACCUAAAUCAGCCAUAAGGGACUAUCUAUUCCUUCCUUCUAUACUUGUAUUUUUCAAUCUCAUAUAAUUAGACUUCACAUAAACUUGGCAUUAUUAUCUUUUUAUAUUCAUUAUUCAUUAUUCAUUAUUCAUGCACAUUUAAUUUCAGCUCAUUUAUCAACUGUAAGUCGCAUAAUUAUUAAUUAUAAACCUCCAUUUUUUAAUUAAUUAUGUUACUUAUUCAAUUAAUACAUCGCAUUCUAAUUAACAAUAUAUAUACGUUCAUUCUUCCAUUUUUCAGAUAGGUUACCGAAUUGUGUAACGCCAUGAAGAGCUCCAACUUCAUGUCAUUAUCUUAUUUGCAAAACCAAAAUUUUGGUGGACUUAAUGGAUUUCAAUCUACUAACUCUGAAUUAUCUACAAUUAUGGGCAAUAACUUUGAUAAUGGCUAUUUGGGUGGUGGGAUUGAAAAUGAUUAUAGUUGUAUGAACCAAUUUGGUUAUGGAAGCCCACAUGAUUCCUCUCAAUUUUCCUACAUGUCACCAGUGUCAUACUCGUCUUUAAUGCCAACAGCAAUGGAAAAUGUGAGCUUAGCAUCACCUCCUCAAUUAAUGGAUUAUCGUUGGAGCUUUCCCUGUGAUGAUUCUAUCAAGACUGACAUUCUUUUAGCUCAACCUUACAAACCAACCAUUAAAGAUGUAAGGAAAUGUGUAAAUGGGGCUAGACUUGCGCAAAGACAUAGUAGUGUGUUGAGUAACACACCAAGCAUUGAUGCAUCAAAGAGUAGCAACAAAAGGAAGGUGAUCGAACAAUUAGUGGAUAAUGCUCGAAAGUUUAAGACAAUGGAUGCACCACUGAAGCGGAGCCAAAAGUUAAGCGACAAAAUUUCUGCUCUUCAAGAACUUGUAUCACCUUAUGGAAAGGUUACUCACUUUUAGAUUUUAUUUAAUUUUUUAGUUAAAAAACUAUAUUAAGAAAAAAAAUUAUUUUGUUCAAAAUCGAAUUUGA